GGUUAUAUUCUCUCAACCCGACACUACCACGCUAGAAACCCUAAAACCCUAAAGUGUUUCUUCUUUUUCUUUAGCCGUCGCCUCCUCCGCCUCAUUUUCCCCAUUCCCUUCCAUUUCCCUCUGUACGUACCACUUCAUUCUCUUCGCCGGAAAAGCUAUGGCGCCGUCUGGUAAUAAUCACUCCUGUGCAUCAAAGUGUUCCUUGGCUUGUAAGUCCUCUCUUCGCAGAAUAAUGGUCGUGUUAAUCCUCUGCGUGUUUGCUCGUUUUUCAUCGUUUGCUAGAUCGAAGGUUACUGUCUUCCAUCCUUUUCUUUCUUCAUUUCGCGGUUCUGGUCCUUGGUGAGGUCUGAGGGUUUGCUGAAGCGUAGAACUUCAGGUAUGGUCGUGGAUCCGUUGGAGGUGCGGGUUCUCUCUCUCUCGAUUUUUCUGCUCUUUUCUUCCUCUGUGCAGGUGUUCGAGACAUUUGCUGAAGGCCGGAGGAUGGAGGGAACGUUUGGGGACGAUCCGCCGAGGUUGUGGACGUGAGAUCCCUCGCCGGCUACAUCGUAGAUGUUUACUCUUUAGACAUUUCCACACUCACCGAGUAAUGGAAAUUGGGCGAGUAGGGUUUGUUUGCUUCAGACAUUUCCACAUUCUACAAGUAUGAGCUUCUACAUUUAGCCAAGGAAGAGCUUCCAUAUUUGUUGUUUACUGAGUUUACUGAGUGAGGUGCAUAUCCAUCCACACUAUAAGUAUGGAUGGGUUGCUGCGAUGUUCAUCACCACAUCUCCCUCUCUUCCUUUCUCUACUUCUUCUGCUAUGGCCUUUAUUCCCUCCAAUCUUCUCCCCAUUUGCAUCUCACUCCUUUUGUUUUUCAAUUCUGUGUAUUCCUUCGACUACUUUCAAAUGGUUUUACAAUGGCCGCCCGCUACUUGUAAGACUAAAGAUGUAGUCUGUUAUACUGCACCUCCUAAGAUGUUCACCAUACAUGGUCUCUGGCCUAGUUAUUUCUCGGGGGAUAUGGUUGUUUGUACUUCUAAGGCAAAAUUGGACCCAACAAAACAGCUUGCUCCACUCAAAACACAGCUAGAAAUGUAUUGGCCAGACGUGAUAAGCGGCGACCAUGAAACAUUUUGGAAACACGAAUGGGAUAAGCACGGUAAAUGUUCAUUAUUUACCCAAUAUCAAUAUUUUGAAGUAUCUCUCCGUAUUCGAUUGAACUCUACCUUCAAUAUAUUAGCCAUCUUGAAUGCCGCCCAUCUUAACCCGGAUGUCAACAUAUCUCUGAAUUAUCUUGUUGUUGAAAAUGCUAUUAAGAUUGCAAUAGGAAAAAGGCCUGCCCUCCACUGCAACAAGGAUACAUCUAAACAGAAACAAUUAUUCGAAAUUAUUUUAUGUUUUGAUACGGAUGCAGUGACUUUGAUCGAUUGUAGCUCAGAACUUAGAACAAGUUGCAUAACUCUUUCCACGAUUCACGAUGAAUUGUAGUUUUUUUUUUUUUUUCCUAUCUGAAAAAAAUACUGGAAAGUUAUGUUUGUUUAAAUAUAUGUUAUGUUUAUCUUCGUAGAAAA